UCUGUCACGUACUUUGGGUGUAAUGUGUAACAGACAGAGGUUAUCUUGGCAACUUUGCGGGAAGUUGCUGGCAUUACUAUCGUGGACAUUCAGCAGUGCAGCAGCACAGCACCACACUAAGGCCACUAUGUGUUCGAGGAUAUCAUCCAUCAAACCAGCGCAUCGAUGUUUGACUCAGCUGCUUCGCCUUAGGAGCCACACCGAGGGCUCGAGAGCGACUGUAGCCGCUGCAUGGGGAGCCUACCUCGGCUUGAGGACUCAGCGAACACCGCUCUCAGCUGUCACCAGGCCUUACUGCACCAGAAUGUCAACAAACGACAAACUUCUCUUUAGACAGCUUUUUGAAAAAGAGAGCAGCACCUACACCUACCUGCUGGCUGACACCGACACCAAGGAGGCAGUUCUGAUCGACCCAGUCCUGGAAACACUCACCAGAGACCUGAAAAUUAUCAGUGAACUCGGGCUUCAUCUGAAAGUCGCAGUGAACACCCACUGCCAUGCAGACCACAUCACCAGCACUGGGCUAAUGAAGAAACAUCUGUCUGGGUUGAAAAGUGCCAUCUCCAAAUUCAGUGGUGCCAGUGCAGACAUUUUACUUUCAGAGGGAGACAAGAUCGCCUUUGGCAAACAUCACUUGUCAGUGCGGGAAACACCAGGACACACAGAUGGUUGUCUGACGUUUGUACUGGGGGAUAAGAGCAUGGCAUUCACCGGAGAUGCCUUGCUCAUCAGGGGCUGCGGCAGGACGGACUUUCAACAAGGCUGCCCUGAAAGACUUUUCAACUCCGUUCAUCAGAAAAUCUUCUCACUGCCUGAGCAGUGCCUUCUCUACCCUGCACAUGACUACCAAGGUCAAACGGUGUCUACUGUUGGUGAGGAGCGCAAGUUCAACCCACGCUUGACCAAGAGCCUCAAGGAGUUUGUCGACAUCAUGAAUAAUCUAAAUCUUCCGAAGCCGGCAAAGAUUGAUAUCGCUGUGCCUGCUAAUCUGGUCUGUGGACUACAUUAAGAGUAUGGUGGUGUGUGAGCGGUGUCUUAAAAAUCCACUUUUAAUUCUGCACCAAAGAAACGCACUUUACUGCGCGAUUUAUUUUCCGUCUUUCCUUUCACAUUUUAAUGUAUUUCUCAAAAGGUUCCCUGGUUUCUGCCUUUUGAUUGAAAGCUACUGACAAAAUCGUGUUGUUUAUCUAUGCUGCCGUUUGUUCUAAACGGGAACUUUACUUAAAGAAUCGUUCCGAUAACAAAGUUUCAUUCAGGUUGUGGUUUAGUAUGCAGGACGGCUUUGCUUCGGACAAUUGAGUUCAUCCACUCGGUCUUUCCAGUGGUUCCGGACUCCUUCAGCCAAGGUCUUGCACAUACACUCUCAAAGAGGACUCAGCUUGUGUGUGAAGAUCACCUUUUAUAUUCGCAUCUAGAAUCAGUCAAAGCUGUGCUUGAAUGUCAGUGACAUUAAAUCCAUCAACCCAUCAUCGCUCAUCGUGUAUUCCUUCAGACGGGUUAUAAACAAGGGUGUGUCAUUUGCACAAUAAUACAUGAUGAAAAGCACCACAGUGUCUGUCUACUGUUCAACUGCUCA